AUCAGAGCCAUCAGUUUCCUUGGGGCUAAUUCACUAGUGAUACACCAUGAACACCUUGAGCAUGGUCGUCGCCUGCCUUUUGGUUGUCGGAGCCAACUGCACAGCCAUCUUCACCUACGGUGUCCCGGCUGCCGUGCCCGUGAUCCACCAGCCCGUGGUGUACCAGACCGCGGUCAGAGCUCCCGCGGUGGCCCACCACAAGGAGUUGGUGCACGUACCACACCACGAGUACGGAUACGCCGUCGAGCAGGACAAGGUAGUCCAGCCAAAGUCCACCGUGGUCCACCACGACCCACUGACCGGCCUGCCCUACCAGCAGACCGACUACCACCACGCCCCAGUGCUGACCGGAUCCCGCACCUACGUGCACCACAGCCGCCCGGGUUACGUCGCCGAGCGCACUAAGACCUACGUCAUCUGAGCAUGCUCUCCCCAACUCUGGGCAGUCCAGCAGGUCCACGACGCCGCCAGGGAACUCAACCUCCCGGUUCCGUCGUGGGAGACGCCCACUCCAUGAGAGCCCAAAGCUCUCGUGGCCUGCAGGACCUGAAUAAAGUUGA